AUGCCUGAGGCCAAAUCAAACGAUUUUGUGUUUUUCAAAAUUAAGAAACGAUGUGUCAGUUUGUCCAAUCCGACAACGCACCAGUCAGUUUAUCACUCCUCCGGUACAACCUCCGGUUCUUCAUCAUCAAAGUUUCCGACGUUUCCUCCAAUCCCUACUUUACAUCCGACGACGCCUGGGAAGUCUCCGGCGAGAAAACAUGUUUCCUCUCCAAGAUCUGCUCGAACCGUUGUCUCUCCUGUGAAAUCCCCUGGUGUUGCUCCGGCUAGUUUUCCUGUUUACUCUCCGACCAUUGCGUCUCCAUUGAAAUCCCCUGCUUUUGCUCCGGCCACUUCCCCUGCCUGUAUCCUCCAGGACCAUUGCGUCUCUGUUGAAAUCCCCUGUGUCCUCUUACCCCAUUGCAUCUCCUUCGAAGUCCCCUGUUUUUUCUCCCGCCACUUCUCCGGUGAAAACCCCGGUGUUCCCUCCGACUAUUAUUCCAGUGAAGUCUCUUUCCUCCGCUCCGACGACGAGCCCCACUGCUUCCAUAAAACCGCCCGCAACUGCUCCAGCGAACCAGCCACCGGUCUCACCCGAUUCACCACCAGCUAA